GGCAUGUUCGAGAUAUUUAUUAACAUCAUCGCUUAGUUUUCUGAUGUUACCUGAAUUUUUUUACUAUCACGACAAUUUCUACAAGUGAUAAGUGAUCGAGUUCUAACUCCCGCACGAUGCAGAAAUUGAUGAGUUACACGACCCUUACUGUCCUGGCAGUCGAUCUUCUCGCCACCGUAGGCGACAUAACAAUGACAUGGACCUCCCCGAUGCUAUCCAAAUUAUACUCCAACGAUUCCUCCGUCAAUCCUCUUCCUGCGCCCAUCACCAAAGAAGAGGACGCUUACAUAGCCGCCUUAAUCAACAUCGGCGCUAUGGUGGGAGGGAUCCCCUUCAGCAUCCUAUCCGAUAAAUUCGGUCGUAAAUUAGGAUUGCUGACCAUAGGUAUAUUCCACGUGUUAGCUUACCUCACGCUAGCCUUCGCCCGAAACGUUUACCUCUUCUACUUCGGCCGAAUAUUCGGAGGUUUAGCCACCGGAGCCGGCUACACUCUCCUGCCGAUAUACAUAGCAGAAGUAUCCGAAGAAUCCAACAGAGGCUUCUACUCCAUGACGCUCACGAUCUUCUGGGCGGUGGGCAACUUCCUACCCCUGCUCGUCGGCCCCUUCCUCACCGUCCGUACCUUCAACCUCUUCAACGCCGCCCUGGGGCUAGCGUUCUUCGCGCUGUUCCUCGUCUUCGGCGUGGAAUCCCCGUAUUACCUAGUGGCCGCCGGCAAGACGGACGAGGCCGGCGAGGCGCUGAUGCGCCUGCGCUCCGCCGACGACGUGGGCGUCAAAGGGGAAUUGAACCAGAUCAGGAGCACGCUGGACAGCGAGAAGGAGCAUCCGAUGGGGGCGAGCAGCAUCUUCACCAACCGCGGCCUCAGGAAGGCCUUCGCGGUGUCGGUGGUGUUGAUCAGCUUCCAGCAGCUGUCCGGCUGGAACGUCACCACGUUCUAUUUGCAGCCGAUUUUCGAGGCCGCCCGCACGGUGGUGCCGGCCCAUUGGGCCGGGUUGAUCGUCGGCGGGGCCAUUUUGGCGUUCAGCCUGCCGGCGCCGCUGUUCGCCGAUAGAUUCGGGAGGAAGACGCUGCUGGUGGCCUCGGUCGGCCUGAUGGCGGUGUGCUUGUGCAGUUUGAGCCUCUAUUUCUUCCUGGAUACGAGGACGGCGGUGAGCGUGGCGCCGAUAGCUUGGCUGCCUUUGGCUAGUCUGGUUUUCUUGGCGUUCGCCUACGACCUGGGGAUGGCCUGUUUGCCGUGGACGAUUUCCUCCGAGCUGUUUCCAUCGAACGUGAAGAAGUUCUCGGCUUCGACUACGUCGGCUUUUUGCUGGAUCGCUACGUAUUUGACGACGCAGUUUUUUAACGUUAUGGUUGAUUCGUUCGGUAUGGAUGGGACCUAUCUCAUUUUCACCGGUUUCUGCUUGCUCUGCAUCGUUUUUACCGUAUGCUGGGUGCCGGAAACUAAAGGGAAAACCUUCAAGGAAAUUCAGGAUUUAUUGAAUAAAUGAUUUGAAUUGUUAGUUAGUCCCUAAUCGCUUAUAGUAGAAAUGAGUUACGGAUUAAUUUAGAAAAUGUUUCAUGGUGUGAAUACUAGUACUAGUACUAGUAGUUCGUUUUAAUUUGUAUCAAAUGCGCAAACUAGAAUUCGCAAAUUAAUUUUGUGAAGUUAGAAGAGAAACAAACCCUAUAAAUGUAUUAAUAAUCUGUAAGUUUUCAACAAAAACUGUUACCUACUUUCUUAUGGAAAUACACCGAGUUUAC